AUGUUGGGACAAGCUACUAAAGAGGCUGAAGUCGGGGGGCUAGGGUUGAGUUGCAUUGUUGACUCCCCUCUCCUAGCGUUGAAAUCGACUCCUCAGACUCAUCAGAUGGAUAAGAAGCCAGGCUUGAUCGGGGAUUUGACGGUGGACUUAAAAAGCCACCUACAGACGCUUUACGCCCAAUCAUUCCGGAUAACGCUUGCAUCCUCUCACGACCUGUGGGCCUUCUACCUCCACGCGGCAUUGCUCCGUCAGGCUUUCGCCCAUUGCGGAAAAGUCUCGGGCUACAAUCGCCUUGUUGGAUUAGCUACAACCGCACUCCCCUACUGA